UAAUUUCUAUUUUUAGAAUCUGGUUAUUUCGGAUUUAGAAACGAAAAACAGAAAGAACAAAAAGGUGGGAAAUGUCUGCAGAAAAAUGCAUGGUUUGUGAUGAAACAGUUGAUGAUGAAGAUGAAAUAUCAUAUGCUGCUGCGGAUGGAGUUUGGUUUCAUAAUCAAUGUUUUAUAUGCAGCCAAUGUGGUGAACAGCUUUCGGAAGACAAUUACUCCUUAUCAGAUGGAGUUUUGUAUUGCAAACCUCAUUUUGAUGAAAAAGUUAGGAACAAUAGAAGGCUUCCAAGAGGAGUAUCUUUGCCUAAACCAAGUGAAUUGAAGACGUCUAGCAGACUUUCUUCCAUCUUCUUCAAGGCACAAUCAAAACGAGUAGCUUCUAAACUACCACCAUCAGAAAAGAGAAAACUACCUUUGUCAAUAUCAGACGCAAAUGUUUAUGGCGCUUAUGCUUCCGAUCAUCUUACAACCACCAAUCAGCCCCAUCUUUCUGUCGGUUUCGGUGGCCAAUUGGAUCAAAUUACAACAAUGAAUCUCUUCAUGCAGAAUCCGGCUUUACAUGGGUUAUUAGCCAGAGUUUCAAAUCAAACGGAGAUCAAUUCACAAGAUUUCUUGAAGAAUACGUUGGAGCAAUUAACUCAAAACCCUGAGAUGAUGAAUGCACUCAGUCAACUUGGUCAACAGAUGGGUGAUAAUCAAGAUCUUGGUAGCAUGUUUUCAACUAUGAGUUGCUCCAAUGGCGAUGGAGACCUUGAUAUGUCAUUAAUGUUUCAACAGAUUAUGCCUUUAUUUUCACAAGCUACAAGUUCAAGAUUACUUGAAAACAAUAGGCCAAUGAAACAUGAGCGUCAUCGCCGUUGUUAUAGUGAUACUGCAAGCAUCAAUUGUAUAUCAAUCGAUUGUCAGAUGAACAUUAAAGAAGCAGCUCAGAAAAUCCAUGACGAGUAUCCGGCUCUAGACAUCUUCUCGUCUAUGGUUGAAUCUGUUGCUCUUUUAGAUGAUAAUGUUUAUGAUGUAUACGGUCUUGCUGACUUAUGUUCAGAUGAGGAACUUGCUGAGGAAUUUAUGGUCAUGUUAAAGCGGGAUGUUUGUCGACGACUAGGAAAGAGAUAUGAUAGUUGUACUUCGGUUUCUUGACAUUUGUUUCCUUGUUUUAUACUGAAAAAUUUUGUAGAACUUGGUUUGAGAUUUGUAUAUUUGCACUUGUUGAUAUUUAA